UGCCACUCUGAAAACGUCAAACAGCGAAAAGUAAAGAGAGAAAAAAAGUGAAGAAGAAAAGCAGCGGCGCUGAAAAACAUUUUGCGGAGCAGUGAUUAGUGGCGGAAAUUGCGCGAAAAACUACUCGCGAAAAAAAAAAUCAGUUUCGACGACGGUUCGCAGCUACUUCACUGAAAAGAAGCGAUUCCGAUUGCGGGAGCAUCUUUGUGGCAUUUUCGUUCCGUCGCAUUCCGUUGCAAGCGGGCAAACAAUGUUUGACAACAGAGCGGAAGCUUGAGACGGAUUUCGUUCGCUUGUUUGUCGCCGCCCGCGUUCCCGGUCCAGUCCAGUAGCCCCGCGGAUAAACGGACUCCAAAACGGCGAUUCGGUGCGAUUCGUCACGUAAUGAAUGUGAAAAAUAAGACCUGCCUGUUUUGCCUCAAGCAGCGGCAAAUCCUGGUGGACGAUUCCUGCACGGCGAAGGCUAUCCAGAAGAUCUACAGCAUCACGCUUCCGACCGACGAAUGCCGCAUCUGCAUCGAGUGUCAUUUUAACGUUGGCCGCAUCCGGGAGUUUAAGCAAAGCAUCGACCGGUGUUCCGACUUUGACGUGGACAGUUGCUUCGUUUGCAAGUCGGAAAACACCGUAAGCGAACCGGGCGUGGACCGUGUCGUCGACUAUCUGCUCAAGCAAUGUACGACCAUCGAUAUUGGUAACACGGACACCGUCAGAGCAUGCACGACGUGUCUGUACCUAUUGGAGAUUUCCAUUAAGUACGAAAAGCUUGCACGAAACUACGCCAACGGCCAGCGCUUCUGCAAGCAUUUUGCCACCAUUCGGGAUUGCAACGUUGCACUGGGCAAGAUCGAUCUGGAUUCGCUGGGGGACAUUUGUGCCACCUUUGAGGGCAACCGAGGGCGUGGCAAAAAAGGCAAAAAGCGGGGCCGAGGAUCGUGGGGCGGUCGCGAGGAGAAUGCUUCCAAGAGGUCCAAGAAAGAGGACGGUUCCGUUAUGCCGGUCAUGCUGACAAAGCUGACUCCGACAAUGACGCCAGCAGGACGACCCGGCAAGAAGAGCCUUUCGCCGGACGCGAGCUCCAGCAAGAAGGGCGGAAAGGGCAAACCCAACAGCAAAAUAUUCAUCAAGCUUCCGGGCCCGCGAAAGCAGCGCUGGAAAAAAAACCGCACCAACCGCAUCACGUAUGAAGCUCCCCAUUCGCCGAGCAUAUCCAUUCCGAGCGAUCCGUCCAUGAACGAGUUGAACCGAAUCUUCAAUGUCGAGCUGCGUCCGCUAUCUGUUCGGAUAGAGCACGUGGAUCUGUCGAGCUACUUGAACCGGACGAUUUCGCACGACAAAACCUCGCGACAUCCACGAAAGCCCAAGAAGGAGGAGUUUAUCGGGUUGGACGAGGAAGACGUGGUCGAACUGCAGCAAAACAACACCAGCAUCUGCUCGGUCGGGAAGCGGAAGAGCAUUCUGGUGACGGACCGCAUCGAAAGUCCCAACUCGGCCAAAAAGAAGGUCAAAUUUUCCGACUCACCCAGCAUCAAAUACGUGGAAAAGGUGAACUUUAGCGACGACGACGAUGACGACAGCGAGGAUGCCGAUUACGAAGGCAGCAAACCGGCCAAGAAGAAGAGCCCGAAAGCGCAAAAUGGCGGUGCAACGCCGGAGAACGGCAAACCGCGCCGGGGCAGACCCAAGAAGGUGAAGGACUUUACAGCGGAGGAGGAGAAAAAGGACGAGGACGGCUUGCCGAUGAAAGAGGGCAACACUGAUUCGAGUGAAAAGAAAGAUGAUGUAACGGAUGCGUGUUCGACAAAUGCCGAAGUCGUACAAAACGACGAAAAGGAUGAUGAACCUAGGACCAGUGACGGAGAAAAAUCCGAGGAGCAACCUGAAAAGGACAAGGAAGAAGCCGUGCUCGAGAAUGGCAGCGCAAACGAAGCGGAGAAGCUCGAUUUAUCAGAUACGUUGCAAUCUGUCGAAGCUGCCAUUAGUUCGCUGGAUGCGGAUAUAUGCGAAACCGGCACGGAAGACGCUCCAAUGGACACGACUGAAGAACAAGCGCCCCCAAUGGCGAUCGAUGAAGCACCGAAAGAAGACGAAAUCCAACCGGCGGAAACGGACGACGCGGAAAUGAAAGCCACACCGGAACCGGAGAAAUCACCCGAAGACGUUGAAAUGGCCGAGUCCCGCACACCUCCGGAAGUAGCGCUGGAGGAUGUUGACAUGAAGGAAGAAAGCCCAACUGAAGUGGUCACGAACCACACCGAACCACACUCGGAACCAGAAAUUGCAAGGGAAGACAUCCCACAAGAGGCGGCCACAACAGAGUUUGAAGCGUCGGACAAGGAAGAUGAAAUCGAACAGGUGAAGCAAUGCCUCAACAACAUUCUGGGAGAGCAAAUUUCCGAUUCUGAGCCGAGCCAAACGGAUGAACAAAGCAAUCAGGAGAAGGAAAAAGUCGAAUCGGUGCCUAACGAGAAACACGAACCACCAGAAGUGGAAACUGAGCCGGAAGCGGAACAGCCACAGGAAUUAACCGCGAAAGCAGAUCCGGAAACGGAACCAGAAUCAUCCCAAGUCGAAAAAUCUCCUCCACCACCACCACUACCGCCGCCAGAAACGCCUGAAAGGAAGGAUCAGACGUUCUCCUCGCUGGACGAUGUCGACGACAUUUCCGACGACGAUGGCAUUCUGGACCAACUGGACCAAGAUGGCGAGGAAGAUGGGCGACACAACCGCAAACGAUCGCCCGAUCUUCCACCGCUAGGAGAGGACAGUCUCUAGGUGGCCGGCCAUGUGUACUAGUAACUUUGUGUCCAUUUGAGUUGUUUUACAAACUAUGACCGCCCGUUUAACGAUGCCGAAGGGUGCGAGAUAUUUUGCUGCACUGAAACUUUUCUUUUAAAAAAAUAAUCAUGAAAUUAAACAAAACUACAAGUAUGGAGUGCGAUUUUGAUGUAAAUCCUCAAAAUUGCUUUUCAAAUGCAGAAAAGCGUGUACAACUUUUUAUGUGAAAUGUAAAAUUUCAGAUCUAUUGUAGCAGACAAACAAUAUGAACGGAAAUAUAUAUUGAAUUAAGUUUGGACAACAAACAGCAA